AUGGUCAGUGCUAUUACGUCAAUGUUACAUCAAGCAAUAAUAGAUCCUUUUGAUGCUAGAUCUAUACCAGUUCAACCAGCUGCAUAUACAGAAAAUGAUCCUACGGUUGAAUUCUUUUAUCGUCCAAGAACUUUAUCAGUACUGUCAGCAAUGUUGAUUGGACUACUUUAUGUUGCUAUGAAACCAGAAAUGAUUGAUACCUCAAUUAAUAUUAAAUUAGAUGGGCCAUUCAUUAGACCACAUCCAGUAAUAUGGAGAAUUGUAUUGGGAUUAGGAGUUUUAUAUCAAAUGUUUUUAGUGUUUCUUCUAUUCCAAAAUAAACGUGACGCAAGAUACAUUUUUGCAACAAUAGAUCCAUCUUUAGGCAGACCACUUCCUGAACGUUCAUAUGCUGACAACUGUGAAUUAACAAUUGAAAAUAUCAAAGAUCAGAUGGAUAUUUUCGUUGUUUAUCAUGCAUCUGGAUGGUUUGCCAAGGCAUUGGUGCUUCGUGAUUAUUGGUUUUGUUGGAUAUUGUCCGUUAUGUUUGAGGUGAUGGAAUAUUCGUUACAACAUCAAUUAAAUAAUUUUGCAGAAUGUUGGUGGGAUCAUUGGAUUUUGGAUGUUAUAAUAUGCAAUUGGGCUGGUUUAUAUCUUGGAAUGAAAACAUGUGAAUAUUUUGAGAUGAAGGGUUAUUCGUGGAGAGGUAUUAAACAAAUUCCGUCAUUAAAAGGGAAAAUGAAACGUACAGUCCAACAGUUCACACCGCAUCAUUGGACAAAAUUCGAAUGGGGAACAACAAAAAGUUUUAAAAAUUAUUUAGCCGUCAUUGGACUUUUAUUUUUGUUUUUACAAACUGAUUUGAACGCUUUCUAUUUGAAAUAUUUAUUAUGGAUACCACCAGAACAUCCAUUAAAUGCAUAUAGAUUUAUAUUACUUUUCUUUUGUGCAAUUCCUGGUACAAGAGAAGCUUAUCAAUAUUUAACAGACAAAGAUUGUAAAAGACUUGGUCCACAAGCAUGGUUGACUAUAGCAAAUAUAAUGACAGAAUCAGUCAUAUGUUUUAAAUUUGGUAGAGGCGAAUUCCCAAAUCCAGCUCCAACGAGUGUAAUAAUAUUUUGGACAAUUUUAAUAAGUUCAUUAGUGAUUUAUGCAAUUUGGCAAUUUGGCAUACCAUAUUGGAAAAAGAAAGAGACUAAAGCACAAAAGAUUAAACAAAAAUAG